AUGUCGAACCCCAAGGCAUCAGGCCUCCCUAAACAUGUCCUUGGCAUCGCCCUUCCUCAAUAUGUCUUUGGCAUCCAGGCCGUCCCUCUGCUGGCCUCUGGCAUCUACGCGCUGCUAUGCCCGCUGGAUGCUGCCAGUCUCCCCAACUCCCCUCUGCAAGGCGUCGGCUUGGGAACAAUCCAGGCAAUGAGUCUAACAACCAUUUCACUGGGUACAUGCCAGGCUGUUGCCUCGUACCAGAACAACAUCCCGAUGAUGAUAGCUACAAUCCCUGGCCGGUUCCUGGCUGCUUUUGUGUUUUGGAGAAGCGGGGGAACAUGGCAGAGUGCUGCUCCUUUUGAAGCCUUCAUGGGGCUGUUGACUGCUGGGAGCAUUUGGUGGUAUUAUCGUACAAGCCGGCCAGCCCGCAAGAUGGACUAA